ACGUUACAUGGUAUACACUGUUUUUUUUUUUAGAUAGCUACAGGCAGUUUUAAUUUCUCACAAGAGUGGCCACGGCAACAUAAUAAAGAGGUAGAGUUGUUACACGAGGGGUGCGCUGCCGCUGACGGAGUCUCCAGAUGACGUUAUUGUAGUCCUGUAUCUCCGUCCGUCUGCCCCUCGCGGUAUUCCUCUGAGCGGGAGGCAACACAGAACACAGUGCAGAACGCUUCUCUGCCUCUUUGUACAGGAUAGCGCAUUUUAUAUGAAGCCCCCUACUCUGUGCUGUGACGUGACAGCCGAAGAGAGGCAAUCAAAACAUGUAAUCAGUCGUUCCUCAGUAUCCAGUAUAUCCAGUCUAGCUUUCUCUUCUUCUGUUAUGGGCAUCUAGGGGAAGCAUUAACUAAUGGCACGCUCAAAAAUCACGCGACGAUGGAUGUGCUCUGUCGUUAUUUGCUAACAGGUGUUUCUACUCGCUGCGCACGAGGAGUCCUCCGGUGUCACCUGCAUCUCUGUUGACUUUUGCGUGAACCUUGGGUUUUUGUGGGAUAGUGCAAAACGUUUUCAGCGUUCGGAAGAUUGUAUCAUUAGUUGCGAUGCUCUGAUAAUGGCAUAGAGUUCACGGGAGACCGAUGCCUCCCGCUGCAGUGGUUCUGCUGCAUGCACACUCCUUAACAUGUAUCUUAUGUUUUUUGAAGAAAUCUGCUUGAUCGGAUAGUGAUGCAGCAUUUUCAACAUGCUCUCAGUAAAGAUGGCAUUCUAAGCGAGAACUUAUAAGAAACAUUUGAACUCUUUGAUUUCACAUAACGUCUGUUUUAAGAAUCUGUCUCGUCGUUUUGGAGGUAACAAUGACUGCAUUGUGCACUUGAGUGCUGAAAUGGAUGUCGAGGGUGCGUAAAAGCACGAUUUUUGAGCAAAACACCACUCUGUUUGUGGGGCGACGCGCAGCGUAAACUGGAAGUUUUCUUUGGAUCACCGACAAACUGGCUAUGGCUGCUGCGAUCGCCAGCUCCUUAAUUCGGCAAAAGAGGCAGGCGAGGGAGCGAGAGAAGUCCAACGCAUGUCGCUGUGUGAACAGUCCGAGUAAAGGGACCAAAGGGACGUGCGAGAAGCCCAGCAGGCUAAGCGUCUUCUCCCGGGUCAAACUCUUCGGCUCCAAGAAGAGGAGACGAAGACGACCAGAGCCCCAGUUGAAGGGGAUCGUCACAAAGCUGUACAGUCGACAGGGCUUCCAUCUGCAGCUGCAGGCAGAUGGGACCAUCGAUGGGACGAAAGAGGAGGACAACGGCUACACCAUAUUCAACCUCAUCCCCGUGGGGCUGCGGGUGGUGGCCAUACAAGGUGUGCAGACCAAGCUGUACCUGGCCAUGAACAGUGAGGGCUUCCUGUACACAUCAGAACACUUCACUCCUGAGUGCAAGUUCAAGGAGUCUGUGUUUGAGAACUACUACGUGACGUACUCCUCUAUGAUCUACCGACAGCAGCAGUCAGGCCGGGGCUGGUACCUCGGCCUGAACAAGGAGGGCGAGAUCAUGAAAGGGAACCACGUGAAGAAGAAUAAACCCGCCGCCCACUUCCUCCCCAAGCCUUUGAAAGUGGCUAUGUACAGAGAGCCUUCCCUCCACGACCUGACUGAGUUCUCACGCUCCGGCAGCGGCACGCCCACCAAGAGCCGGAGCGCCUCGGCCGUGCUCAACGGGGGCAAGGCGGUCAGCCAGAACGAGUCCACGUAGCCAGGGCAACCGCUGCCCACGACUACCACCACCACCUGCCACCACCGCCCCAUCUAGCAACUCCCACCCCCUGCGCCACGCCUUCCACCUGUACCUCCGGCCGCUCUGAGACUUCAACCCGACUUCUCUUCUUCUCAAACACGCUCUCGGUGGUGCAGGACAGCAGCAACACACAUAUACUCGACACUGUUAAGCUUUUUUGAGUUUCCUGUCACUCUGCGCCACCGUCACAGUAAGCUCAUUUAAAAAUGAUGACGUUAGGUAGUUGUAGAGUUUUUAAGAAAUGUACAAAACACAAAUGGGGCAUUUCUAAGUUUGGGUCACCACUGCAAACAACUCACCAAUGCUCUUUUUCCAUUUUUCAUUUCUCCAGUAGAGUCUGACAAAUUUAGACACACCUCUGCAUCGAUUUUUUUAUUAUUAUUAUUUUCUUAUGGUUUUAAUUGGGAUGCCGUAAGGGCAGUUUGUGGGGGGUGUAGCUGCUCGGUGCAGUGGUAAAGAAGCGCCCUUUCCCUGCCCUCUGUGUCCUUCGCGCUGCCCAAAGGACGAAGCCGCACUCGCGGUUUGACCCGCUGCGGUGUGUCGAGGCCAGCCGGCUAAUGGUAGCUCUCCCGCCUUUCCUAGUGCACUCGCUUAGAGACGCAGCGCUCGUCUCUAGCAUGGGAAUAUAAAAGCCUGCGCUCAGCCGACCUGAUGUGAAAAAGACGGGCAGCUCAGCUGAGCACCCUGAGUGUUGUUUUUUGUUUUGUGUCUCGUUUGUGUCUCUCUCUCAGGAGAGAGGGAGAGACCAUGGCUCUACAUUGCUUGCUAACUUUUUUUCAAAUUAGCGUUGAGCCUUUUUGUUUGUUUGUUUGCUUCCCCCCCCCCUUUCCUGUUGUGGUCCAUCCCUCUGUACUUUUGUGCUUUUGUUCGGUCUGUGAUACUAGAAGAAAGGAAUUCCAGUACACCAAAGAGUGUCCCUUUAAGCGGUGGAACCACGCCUGUGUCCACUCACAGCAGGAAGUGAAUGAAUUAUUUUUCUUACCGUACAUUUAAAAAAAAAAACUUGAGGUGAAUAAAAGUGCUUAAAAGAGAAAGAUUUAAUUGCUAACUGGCUGUGGGUGUCAAUGGCCCAGUAUUCUAGAAAGUGCUUUUUUUCUGUGCUGGUACACUCCGAGCGAAAGGCAUGAAGCAACUGUUCUAUGUACUCUCCCCCUCCUCCUGUCUCUCUGUCUUGUCACGUUGAUUAUGUCAGUCUGUCCCCCCAAAAUGUCUUUGUUUCUCUGUCUCUCAGUGAUGAUGUCAUGCCUUACCCCCCUCUUCCUCUCUCUCUCUUUCUCUCUUUCUCUGUCUUUGCUGACUUUGGUCACCAUAUACGGUGUUAACUCGCCAACAUAUGGUGAAAGCUCCCACCCAGGACUCUGUUUUCGUGUAUGAGUAACUUAUCGUGGUGACAAUUUUCUAUAUUAAGAAGAAAAAAAAAACUGUGGAAUUUUAGGUGGCUUAACAUUUUAUAGGAUAUGUCAUAUUUGUAAAAGUGAAAAAAAGAAAAUCUUGAAAAAAGGAAAAAAAAUCCCUCUCUUGUACAGGGCAUGGACAAAUGAAGUUGUGUACAACAAAGGACCCUUUUCUGGUGGGCUAUGUUCUCUCUCCCCGGUCCCAUUCUUCAUCCAAGUGCCGGGGAGGUUGUUUUCUUCUGUUACUUUUGACUUUUCUUUGGUUUAAGGUGAACAUAUCUGUUGCAUGGGAGACAGCAGGGACGCCAGGACUAGAGCUGCAUGAUGUACUGUAGGCUAUGUGUAUUAACCCAUGUUGGAUCAUGUGUUCCAAACUACCACAGUUCAAACCAGAAAACCACAUGUACCAACAGGCAUUCAGCCUGGUACCUUCCAGGUGUUUAUUAUUUGUUGUAUACACAAAAUGCACUGAAUAAAAUGUUUAUAUUAAGAUAUACUUUUAA